AUGAUAAUUUCAUUCCCUUCACUUCCUCAUGGGUUCGACCAGCGAGAUGUUCUUCUCGAGCUGUAUGUUGGGUCUGUUAUUACUAUUGUCUGUUUGGCUCUUAUGGGAACCUGUCUGGAUAAAGAUAAUGAUGGCGGCUCAUACGGCAUCCUCCAUGGCAACACCAUCGAGAUUCUUCGGAUGAGGAAGGAAGCCGUAAAGAGAUCUCGACUUCUAAAGGGGUGGGGGCCGGGAUGGGGCGUCAUGGCCGCCAACGACAGCCCCAACCCCCCAGUCUCUGCUAAGCAUGGAGGCUAUAUCCUCCCUCCUCGCCGAGGCGGAGGCGGAGGCGAACGCCUCACGGGUGGUCUAUGGCCUCGUGGUGGAGGUGGUGCUGGAGACCGCCCUCAUGGUGGAGGUGGUGGUGGAGACCGCACUGGGGGUGGCGGCGGAGGAGAUGGCGGGGGCGGAGAACUCAUUGGGGGUGGCGGUGGAGGAGAUGGUGGGGGUGGGGACCUAACUGGGGGUGGUGGCGGGGGUGGAGACUUAAUUGGGGGAGGCGGUGGUGGAGGAGAAGGCGGGGGUGGAGAUGUAACUGGGGGACGAGGCGGUUGGGGAGACGGCGGGGGUGGAGAUGUAACUGGGGGAGACGGUGGUGGUGGAGAGGGCGGGGGUGGAGACGUCACUGGGGGAGGAGGCUUGAUUGGGGGUGGUGGCGGGGGUGAAGACUUAACUGGGGGAGGCGGUGGUGGAGGAGAAGGCGGGGGUGGAGAUGUAACUGGGGGAGGAGGCGGUUGGGGAGACGGCGAGGGUGGAGACGUAACUGGGGGAGGCGGUGGUGGAGGAGAGGGCGGGGGUGGAGACGUCACUGGGGGAGGAGGCUUAACAGGGGGUGGUGGCGGGGUUGGAGACUUAACUGGGGAAGGCGGUGGUGGAGGAGAAGGCGGGGGUGGAGAUGUAACUGGGGGAGGAGACCAAAGGUUAUGA